AUGAAGAAGAGCCAGACGGUGCAGGGCACCUUCAGCAAACUCUUCGGCAAGAGGCAUGCCCCCCCUGCCAACAGCGCCUCCCUCUAUGCCACCAACCCGCCUUGGAUCUUCGCCCAGGAGGCCCCCGACGAGGGCGCCCGGGAUCUCGAUGGCAUCUACUAUGGCGAGGGUCGGUUUAACACCGUGAGUGAGUCAGGCACUGCCACUCUGAAGGCACGGCCGAGAGUGCGUCCCCUGCUGACCUUCCUCCCGCUGAAUGCUCAGGAGAACCAUGGGCUGGCUGUGCCCACUCCUUCUGUCCCAGAAGACUUUGCAAACAAACAAGUGACAGGCUCCGGCUCACUAGUCAACGGCAACCUCCGCUUGUACAGCUCCGUGGGGGACUUAAGACCUGGGUACUAUGGCCAGGACCCACUCAUCCCACCACCUCCCCCAGGCCCAGCUCCGCGGCCACCCCUGGACCUGGACGCUUCACCACCUGGGGGGGAGUCCCCUCCACCCCCGCCCCCCUCCACAGCCCCACCACCUCCACCCCUGCUACUGGAACCCUCAACCCCACCUAACAUGGCCCCCCCUACACCCCUAGGAUUGGGGGCCCUGUCCCCCUCCUCGGCCCUGCCGUCCCCUACCACACCCACCCCUCCUGACUUCAUUCCCCCCGCCCCACCCUUGGCCAUUCCACCACCACCCCCUUUGCCAGCCCCAGCUCCUCCGGCCCCAGAGUCCCCUCACCCAACAGGGACUCGCCUCUUUCCUCCUGGGGGUGUCACCAAGUGGAAGUCGGAGGUCGCACUGAAUGGCCGGCAGCCAGAGGGCCCCCGAACCAGCCCCCCCAGGAGCCCCGCAGAGCCCAAGGGCAGCUCCCCGGGACCCAAGGCAGAGUCCCACCUCACUUUCCCCCGCUCACUCAAAGUGCCUCCCCCAACCCCAGUCCGGACUUCGUCCAUCCCAGUGCCAGAAACACAGGAUUACGCUCCAGAGGAAAGUGGUGGGGUCACCAAGCAGGUUCCCAGCCGGCUCCCACUGCCUCCCAGCUUCCAUAUCCGACCCGCAUCUCACGUUUACUCAGACAGCACCCCUGAGUCAGCAGGCCCCGGGGAGUCCGGGGAGCUGGCUAGUCCCAGGAAGAGUGGGCCCCAGGCCUGGACCAGGGAGCAAGCUCAGACUCCACCCCCAGCCCCACCCCUGCCCCCUCCUGCACCCCCACUCCCACCCCCUGCACCCCCUCUUCCCCCUGCUGCCCCUCCUUUACCUUCUGCCGAGAAGGCCUCUCCUCCCCAUGAAGGCUUCACGAAAAAGCCCAAACCCAGCUCUCCUGCCCCCAAACCCAAACCCAAACCCAGCCCGCCCAGUCCAGAGGACACCGAACCCACCGCCGCCACCCAGGACGCUGGGGCAUGGGACCCCGGGCAGAUGGAGAAGCUGCGGAACGAGCUGGCCGCCUACCUCUGUGGUGCCCGGAGGGACGAGCGCUCUGCUGGCCAGCGUUCGGGGCCCUCAGGGGCUCCCCAGGGAAAGGAGGGCAAGAAGGAUCCCAGUCCUGUAAAAAAGGAGACACCUCCAAGCCUGCCAGAGAAGGAGGUGCCUCCAAAUGUUCCUGAGAAGACCCCACACAGUCUGCCAGCGAGGGAGGCCACCCCAGGCCUGACCCUCCCACCUGUGGACUAUGCCCCCCAAGAGACCGCAGCUCCCAGUGUCCGGCAGAUCAGGAAUGAGCUGGAGGCUCGGCUGACCUCAUCCACGGAGAAGGAGGCCAAGCCCAGCCUGGGGUCUCUGCCCCCCAAACCUCGGCUGGAAAACAGAGCUGAGAACGGCUGGGUCUCCAAGUUGGGGGCCAGAAAUCCAUCACCACCCUCCACGACCCCUCGGCUGGCCUCAGCAUCACAGACUCAGGACACCUCUGGGGCCCCUACACCUCCCAAGGCCCUGCCUGGCUCUGUCCCAUCGGAGCCCGUGUCACCUCCUAAAGCUGUGCCAGGACCUGCCACACCUCCGCCCACCACACCGUCCUGGCGGACAGCAGAGAAAACUCCAGUCCUGGCUACUGGGCAGUGGAAGAAGCCAGGAGGGCCUGGCCUUGGGGAAUCGGCUCAACCAGAGGCACAAACCCCGAAGUCUCCCUCACCUGGAGCUGGCUCGUCUCCAGCCCUCCCACCUAAGAAAGCCAGCCUCUACCAGCCCCAUCACAGCCACGACAGUCCCCCAGAGGUGGCUGAAGAACGUGCCUGGACAGGAGGCCCCAGGAAGGACCCCCAGGACCUGCCCACCAGGUCUGUGGCCCAGGAUGAACCUCUCAGGCACCCCGUGACGGGUGAGGUGGUGGAGCGAGGUUCGCCCAUGGCCCUGCUCCUCGCUGCCAGGCAGCGGGCACAGAAGGGCAGGUCAGGAGGGGCACUAGGCCGGUCCUCGCUGCCAGGGAGCCUUCGGGGCCACGGCACCUGGCAGUCAGAGGCAGGCUCCGACAGCAUCUUCUACAACCAGGGCCGGCCCAACUCCUUCACGGUGGUCCCCAAGAUGCCCAGGGAGGCCGAGAAGGAGUCCCCGAAGCUGCAGGCCGCUGGGCCGGGCCAGUGGAAGUCACCCCAGCCCCACAGGGACCCCGAGGCCGCAGAGCCAGGCAGGGGGCACAGCUGGACGAAGGGGGAGCCCCAGGGGACUGUCGUGAAGGCCCGAGCGGGGCUCAAGGCCUUCUCAUCCCCGCCUUCACCCUCCUACGGGCAGGGGGACGGCAGCGAGGACGAGGACUUGGGGUUCAGCUUUGAGGUCAUCCCCCCACCGCCCGAGUUCAGCAGCGACCCAGAACCUGCUGCCCCAGUUCUGCAGUAUCCGGGCCGGACCACCAACAACCACUUGUCAGACUUGGGGACACCCCGAAGUUUUGCCCGCCCCAUGGUGGCACCAGGGCCACUGUCCAGCAGGACCGGAGGCCUGGAGCGCUUCUCGGGCACAGGCCGGUCGCUCAUCAAGAAGCGCCUGUAUGUCGGGGAGCCUUCUCGAGGCCCAGGGCUGCCCCGUGGGGGCACAGCCCGCAGCCUCAGCACCCCCAAUUGCUUUGGGCCGCCUCCCACGGGCCCUGAGAUGAUGCGGCGUGUCCACUCGGCCGGACGCGCGGCCCCCGGAGGGCUGCACGCACGCAGGAUGUCGCUGGAGGGUGCUGCUCGUGGGGAGGCCAAGUUCAAGGCCAGCAGCAAUGGAGGCAGAGACUAUGGCAAUGUCCCCACCGCCAGCAGGACUCCCCACAACACCCCCCACUAUGGAAGCCCCAUCAACACGUUCACCGUGAGACCUGGGACGCGUCACCCCAUCUCCUAUGCCUACUCGGGCACCCACCGGAAAGCUAUGUCCUGAGCCUGGCCACCUCUAGGCUCCAGACAAAGGGCAGAAUCUGGGCAUCUGUUUGGGGUGUGUGGGAGGGAUGCAGUGGGUGUCAGGUAGCCUGGCACAGACAACGGAGUGGGGCUCCCUGAAUAGAGACAACAAGGCCC